CUCUUUUCUUCGAAACCAAUUUCCAUAAUACCAUCAUCACGAAUCAAAUCUAGGAUUUAUUCAAUCUGUACUUCCCAUAUCAAUAAUCACCGAUUGGGUUUAAGUCCAAUUGUGAAUCAUAGUAGGUUAGUGUAAUUGUUGGAUUUGGGUUUUUCUUUGAUAUUUUUCGUAGCUCAAAUUUGUCUAGGAUUCAUUUGAGCAAGAAUUUGGAGCUUCUGUUUUGAUUGAGUAUUUCUUAGAUUGUUCUGUAGUAUUCAUUUGAUUCAACUCGUUGGUUAGUUGCUAGGGGUAUUUAAAGCAAUAGGGAUGGCAAUGGUGGCGAGAAAAUCUUCACUAUCUUCGAUAUUUCUCUUUCGAUCUCUCACUACUACUACUACUUCCUUUCAACAUCUUUCCCCCAAAACACUAAUCACAAACCCUCAAAUCUCUUCUCCUCCUACUUCUAUUCAUCAUCCCUCACAAUUGAAACCUUUCUCUCGUUUUCUUUGUUCCUCAUCACAAUCACCACCAGCAAAAGAAAUGCCAACUCUCUCUGAAAAAGAGGAACCAUCAUCACCCCCACCAUUUUCAUCAUCAGCACCCAUACCAUUUUGGUCUAAAGAAUAUAGACUACCAUCAUCUCCAUCUCUUUUUGAGAAACAGAAACCGUCGUCAUCAUUCCGGUCAAAUAAUUCAUCAUCGCCAUUUUACACCAAAAAACAGAAAAAACCGGCAUCCAAAUCACCAUUGUCUCGUACCAAGAAAGACAAAGCACCAUCAUUUUGGCCCCAAAAGAAGAAAGUAUCAGCAGCAUCUUCAGCUGCUCCACCUCCUCCUCAGAAAUCAUCAAGCCCAGUUACAAUUGCAAUCAAAACUAAGACCUUCGGUUAGCAUUCUUAAGAUGAAAAGAACCCUAACUGUAGUGGUGGACAUAGACUGAAGUACUACUCUGGCGAAACCUUCUGUAAUAUCUAUCAAAGAUUAUCAUUCGUAGCGAUGGGUCGUGAGCAAGUGCAGUUUAAUUGAGGCUUAAUACUUUCUAACAGGAUAAGGUUAGCUCACCCUGAAUUAUUGGGGGAGUAUUUUGAAUCUUUAUUUUGAAGGUUAGUUGACUUUACCCUGAAUUACUGUGGGAGCACUUUGAAUGUUUAUCUUUUCAUUUCUGUAGCAAUAAAAAUUACAACGAAACAAAGGGCAGCAUCUUCCAUAUGUUUUCUAUUAAUCCUCCCUGCAUUAUUAUUUGUUUGA